GUCGUUGAAUUUGUUGUAACAAAAUAAUAAUUUAAGUGCCAUAUUUUAAUUUUUUUAAAUAUUCUUACAUUUUAAAUAAUAUUUUUAUGUUAGAGUAUUGUUGUUAUAACUAAAAGAUGAAGCUUAAGCGAUUUUUAUUACGAUACUAUCCGCCAGGAAUAAUUUUGGAGUAUGAGAGAGGUGGUAUCUUGAAGACAAAGUCUAUUGAUUUGAUAGACUUGAAACCAGACACUGAUGUUGAUGCUUUAGCAUUGGAAAUUGCUAGAACAGAAGUUUUAGUGACGCCUUCAAAAAUUGAUCAAAUUAAAGUUUUAAUUACAAGACUUCAAGAAAAGCUUCUUUUGCCAGAGAAUCAAAAGUUUUAUCUAUUCAAAGUCCUCAAAGCUCACCUACUUCCUCUCACCAACGUAGCCUUCAAUAAAUCUGGAUCAAACUUCAUAACCGGAAGUUACGAUAGAACUUGUAAAGUUUGGGACACGGAUUCCGGAGAUAACUUGGCAGUCCUGAGGGGACACACAAACGUCGUCUACGCCAUUGCUUAUAAUAAUCCUUUCGGGGACAAAAUAGUGACAGGUUCGUUUGACAAGACUUGCAGGCUGUGGGAUGCACAGACUGGCAAGUGUUACUACACUAUAAAAGGACAUGAUGCCGAAGUGGUCUGCGUGUCAUUCAAUCCGCAAAGCACUUGCCUAGCGACUGGCAGUAUGGACAACCAUGCAAAACUAUGGGACCUCGAAACGGGAGCUGAGAUAUGCCAUUUUAAAGGUCAUACGCAAGAAAUAAUAGCGGUAUCUUUCAAUACGGUCGGCUCUCAGUUGAUAACGGGCUCGUUCGACCACACCGUCAGCGUUUGGGACGUCAGAACCGGCAGUCGGAUCCAUACGUUGAUUGGACACAAGGCAGAAAUCAGUAACGUUCAGUUUAACUGGGACUGCUCAAUUAUUGCUUCCGGAUCUAUGGAUAAGACUGUUAAAUUGUGGGACGCUUUGAGCGGUCAGUGCAUGGUGACCUUGUUAGGUCACACUGAUGAAGUCCUGGAUGUUAGUUUCGACACUACAGGGCAGUAUUUAGCGUCUGCGUCGGGUGACUCGACGGCAAGAGUUUACAACGCACUGACACACAAGAUGAUAUCUAAACUUGAAGGUCACGAAAAUGAAAUUUCCAAGGUCUGCUUCAACCCUCAAGGAACAAGAGUUAUGACUGCCAGUUCUGAUAGGACCGUCAGAUUAUGGGACGCUGAAUCUGGUGUUUGCAAGCAAGUGUUGGAAGGACACACUGAAGAAAUAUUCAGCUGCGCAUACAACUACACUGGAGAUAUUAUUAUAACUGCUUCUAAAGACAACACAUGCAGAAUAUGGAAAUGAUCUAUAUAUCUAUCUCGAAAUUCAUAUGACGUUGAUUUUCAUUAAAUUUAAUUUAAUUGAUUACUUUCACCAAAUAGCCUUUUUACAUCACACGUUACUAUUGCUAUUACUACUGCUGCUGCUGCUAUAUAAGCGUGUGUACGCUUGCAUGUGCGAGUGUGUAUUCAUGGGCGUUUGUAUGUAUGUAUGUGUGUGUAUGUUGUUUGUUUGUAUGUUCGCAAUUAAAUAUGAAGGUUUUAUUUUUGUCUGUAAUACAAACCGCUAAUUUGUAUGUGUA